AUGCUCGCCUCCCUCCUCCACGGCCCAGCCGCCGCCGUCGCCGCGGCGCCCAGCGCCUUCCCCCUCCGCUCCCUCCCGACGGCGAAGACCCCGUUCCUCCCCUCGCUCCCGCGCCCGGUCUCUCCAAGGCGCGCGGCCGCCGCGGCGUUCGCCUUCAACCCCGCCGCCGCCGCGGCCCCCAUCGCGGCGUCGCUGCUCGAGGGUCCCGUGCUGGUCUGGGCCGGCCGCCUCUGCCUCUACUACGCGCUCCUCCACGUCGGGCUCGCCGGCUCCCCGCGGAAUCCCUUCCUCUCACACGAGAUCGGCGGCGAGGACGGCGCCGGCGACAGCGACCUAGGGUUCUCCAAGUGGGCAGAGAAGCUCCGUGGCGGCGCCUCAGGUGAAAAAGAUGCUCAGGAUAAGAGAAAGCUAACUAGCAAAUGGAAGCCGACAACCAGAGGCACACUGAAGAGAACCUACCGAGUACGAUCAACGGAUGAAGGAAGGCGGAUCCUUAAGGAGAUUGCUUCAGUUCUGUCCCAAGAUGACCAUUUUGUGGAUGCUUCGUCUCACAAGGGUUGCCAAAUUAGGAGGGAAAGUGCUCAUGGCGAAAGUGUUUGCUGCUACAACGUGAGAGCAUUGUUCGAUGAGCUUCCAACUCCUCACCUGCUUCUGGAGAUUACACCUUUUCCUGCUGGACAACUUACCGAUAACGACUACCGUAAGGCAGAGAGGCUUGAGAUGGUGCUGAGGCUCAGCGCUUCUAUUUAA